AUAUAAAUGGUAGUCAGAUCUGCUUGGUAUAGAUGAAUAAACAGAGGAGCGAUAAAUUUCAAAUUUAAUUACACUGUCACGGUUUAGCAGGAAAUUGUGCACUUAGGGUACAUGCAUAUCUUUAAAUAUAUGUAAAAAUAUAAUAACGUCAGUAUGCAUUCUUACACGACUUUUCAUACAUAUAAAGACGUCCUCAAUCUUAUAAAUAACAUUAUUGUUGAAGUCAUUUUUGGUUUAACUGAUAUCGAGUAGCCAUGCACAUUAAAAUUAAGAAACUGUGAGUAGACCCUUUGGUUGUGAUUUUCUGGAUGUAGUUGAGCCAAAUCGUUGUCAUAACCAUUAAAAUUAGUCAUAAAAUCGAAUGUGCUUCUUCGUGAAAAAUCUACAAUACAUUUUCUACAAAGAUUUAGUUUGAACAGUUUACCAACAACAUUUGACCCUGACAAGCAUUAACAAGACAAGGACAAUAAAAAGUGUUUCGUCUCAUUUCCCAUUCACUCAAGUUACUCGGUUACUCAAGCAUCAAUCCCAAGCCCAACCAGCUCUUGUUUCACGUAACCUCAUCCACAAAAAACAUUAGUAGUUAGCAACAGUAGGCAGUUAGUUCUUGUCGUAAAAUUCGUGGGGAACAGGACUCGAAAACAGAAGUACACAAUCUUCAGAAAUGCUUAGAUGUAAAUAAAUUUGGAUAAACAAAUUUACCAAAAACCUUUCGUCUCUUGUCUCAUUCAGAAUUCAGUUCGAAUGAGUAAGCGCAGCGUACGUUUCACCCACAACAAGGUCACAAACGCACUGUUAGAAACGUUUCCUUUUACUCAGCCAUUACCAAUAUCUAAAUUUGGUGGGAGGUAUUGUAUCUGCCGAUUUAGUUUAGCUCGCCGUGCUGUGACGACGUGUGCAAAGCCAUGGAGCAGCCCAAAGUGAACGAGAAGACGAGACGUGGUGGUGGUUCAUCUUCGUCAACAGGAUCAACGGGGUCCUUGGAGGAGCAAGACGAGGGCAUCAUCGACGGGACCUAUCUCACCGACUCCUCCGACUCUUCCGCCACUGCCAACAACAAGGAGACACGUCCUUACACCCCCUCCACAACGUUCCAGGCAACGAGGAUUAAAUUUUUUUGCGACAUGGUCCACUCACACGUCGAAUUACCUCUGAUCUGUUAUAAGAUCAUUAAUACCAGACAGUUCCAGAGGUUGAGGAAUUUGAAACAACUCGGAUUAUGCUACUACGUCUAUCCUACGGCGUGUCAUAACCGGUUCGAACACUGUAUUGGAACAUCAUAUUUGGCCGGGACCUAUUGCAAAAUACUUCAAACGAAUCAGCCAGAACUGAAUAUUGAUAAUCAAGAUCUUCUAUGCGUAUACAUCGCGGGAUUGCUUCAUGACUUAGGACACGGCCCAUUUUCCCACACCUGGGAACAAUUUAUCAGCACCUACGAUAAAAACUACUCGCACGAGGAAAUGUCAAUCAAAAUGAUGGACUACUUGUUGGAGUCAAAUGACUUGUGGACCCUGUGCAAAUACCAAGCAGGUCUCACUGAAAGAGAUCUCGUAUUCAUUAAAGAGAUCAUCCUUGGACACCCAAUAAGUGGUGAUGAGUUUCAGGGACGCCCUCCGAAUAAGCAUUUCCUGUAUCAGAUCGUAUCGAAUGACAUAACCAAGAUAGACGUGGAUAAAUUUGACUAUAUCCUUCGUGAUUGCACACAGCUCAAUGUGAAGACAGGAUUUGAUUUUCAACGGAUUUUCAACAACAGCCGUGUUUUUUUCGUUCGACCAGGGCUAAAGGGAGCUGCAGUUGAGGUCGCCGAAUCUGCUCAGGACAGCACUGUCACAAUAAUUGCAUAUCGGAAGAAAAUUUCUAGUACUCUUCAAGAGUUAUUUCUCGGCAGGUUCAGCCUGCAUCAGAAAGCAUAUCAACAUAAAGUUGUCAGGAUUGUGGAAAUGAUGGUUGUGGAUGGCUUGAAAGCGGCCGAACCUUAUUUCCGAGUCCCUUCUAGCACAGACCCUGCCAAGGUACUGAAACUAUCCACUGCCCAUCAGGAUGUUUCAGCCUUCAUAAAAAUUACCGAUAGCGUCUUGGAACAAAUUAUCGAAUGGGGCAAUGGUGGUGCAAGUGCAAGGAAGAUCUUCAACGAUAUUAUCAAUCGGAAGCUGUACAAAUGUAUUGGCUACUUAAGCGAUCAAAUAAACGAGGAUUUACUUGAUGAUCUCAAAGCAUGUGAACCGGCUUUGUUGCUUUGUUACACUUCGAUAAACUACGGCAGAGGAGAUGAAAACCCGUUAAAUUCAGCCUUGUUUUAUGUAAAAGCCCGACCUGGUCGACUCUUCAAACACAAAUUUUCUGGCCCAAACUUGGAAAGCAAGUGUUUUUUCUUGCUCCGUCCAACCUAUGCAUAUGAAGAGGGGGAGACAACUUCUACAAUUUCAGAGGAGGAUGAGCAGAAAAGGAUGCAACUAAUGGAAGAGAAAGUGGAAUUAAUCUUGCAAAAACAUGAGGUUGAACUAGAAUUGGAAUAGUUGUCCCUAGACGUCAAAAAUAUUUUCAGAAUUACUCUUUUUAUGCAUGGUAAUAAUCGAAACAAUCGUAAUUUAGUAUUUAGUUUUAUCAGUAGCGUGGCGUAUACAAAUCAUAUCACAUACAAAAUAAAUUGUGCUUCAAAAACUAGCGAAAUUUCUGUUUAAUCAUGACUAGAGAUGCGUAAGAAUAUUCGUUUUUUCAAUAUAAAUCUGGGUUUUCUUGACCACUUUUAUUGGGCAAUAUGUUAAUUGUGAUAGUAAUAAUUUAUUUCAAUCAAUCCGAGCGACCCAUGAUUUGACGUGGAAAAUUUCCACUCAGCUCUUUAUGACAUUGUGAUUUUAUAAAUUGUAAUUUUAUGAAUAAUAUAAAUACCUUAGUUUGUCAAAAAUUCAUUUUAGCAAAUUAGUUUAGCUGAGAUACUGAACCAUUACAUUUCCAAUAAAAGCUUUAAUUAUUGUAUUUGAGUAAUUGCGUGAUACGUUUUGUAUGAUAUGACGUUUGAAAUUUAUGCUCAUCAGUCAUCAUAAUAAUGAUCAAGAAUAGUCAAUACUUUUUGCCAUACAUAUACCUACAAUAAUUGAAUACCGUUUUGAUAAUGACAAAGUUGUAUGGCCUAUAUACAUAUGCUCCGUAUGUAACAAUAUGAUAAUUAUUUUGAAAGCAAUAACAAUAAAUAACAACGUUGUUUGAGAUAGUUCAA